AUGUUACCAUUUCACAGAUUAUCACGGCGCUACCUCCGUCUCCGCCUACCCUUCCUCCGCCGCGCCUCUUCCUCCUCCCCUGGAAACUCAGAUAUUCCCUCCGAAACCCUCGCUAUUCACAAAAAUUCUCAGCAUGCCCCUCUCCCGCCCGCCCUCCACCACCAUCCUGUGCCUCUCACCUCCUUCCCCCUGUCGAAGACCUCCUUAAUCGCCGCCUUGUCUGCCGCCUCCGCCACCGUCCUCGGCGCCUACACCCUCGCGCAGUCCGAGGAUUCUCAGCACCGCGCCAAGCUGGCGUCGAUUUAUUCGGAGGUGGAUGUCGCUAUCGAGAGAUCCAACGAAUCGGUUAACAGAAUUCUCAACAGGAUGAGGCAGACGGGUAUGGCGGCAUCCGUCUUGUGGCAGUCGUUGAGGUCGGUACUCUCGUCGGCAAACCACGAGGUCAGGGCGGGGUUCGAGCUGAGGGUUGCUGCGCUGCUGGCUGACAUUGUGGCGGCCAGCGACAGCCGUAGAGCGGCGAUUGUCAGUGCGGGUGGUGGUGCGGUGGUUGAUUGGUUGUUGGAAACUGUUGCGGUGCCCAAGGAUGGUAAUGGCACCCAGGCCGAGUCUGCUAGGGCGCUGGCGUACUUAAUUGCGGAUCCCAAUGUGUGCGAGGUGGUUUUCGGCAGGCCCCAAGCCGUGCCUAAUUUGUUGAGGUUCAUUUUCUCAGCUCAACCUAAGCGGUCAAAGAAAGCAAAACAAAGUUCAUUCUAUGUUUCUGAUAAAGGCAAGAGUAUGCUUGUUGCAGCAGUUAUGGAUGUUGUCACUUCUAAUUGUGAAAGCAUAGAAAAAUUAUCAUUUAGUCCUUUGUUACCAAAAGAUGCUGAAAUGAGAGAUAUUGCAGCAGCAAUAGCAGUAAUUGAAGAGGGUGGAAUGCAUUGGGAUGAGCUGCAUGGGGAUGAAGAUGAUGAUGGUGGAAAAGGAAUGAAGGGUAUUGGAAUCAAAGUUCUCGGUGGUGCCACAGUUUUGGGGUUCUCGGAAACUGGUGGAUAUGCAGAUGUAGAUCAUUCUGAUUCUUAUGAUACCAGGAUGAUAAGUAAUUCAUCAAAGAGUUUAUUAUUUAGCAGGAUGAAUGAAAGUUCCCAUGCACAAUUAAAGUUGCAUUCUGCAGUAGUUCCGGGCCUUUGGGAUGAUUUGGAUUCCGAACAUGUUGCGGUUCCAUUUGCUGCAUGGGCACUGGCUAAUUGGGCCAUGGCGUCUGAAGUUAAUCGCGUGCACAUACAAGAACUGGAUCGUGAUGGGCAUGCAGUUAUGAGUGCAUUAGUGGCACCUGAGAGAUCUGUAAAGUGGCAUGGGAGUUGGUUGGCGCAGUUGCUUUUGGAGGACCGAAAUCUGCCUUUAAAUAAUUCUGUUUCAGAUUGGAGUUCUAGUCUUCUUUCUACUAUUUCACAAGCUAGCAAAACUCAGGACAUACCGCUGGCCCAACUGGCUCUGUCUGCUCUACUGGUUUCUAUUGACAGAAGCCCUGAAGCACAGGAAGUAGUAAUGGAUAAAGGCCUCCAUUCGAUGAGAGAAGCAUCUAAACAAAUGGCAAAUCAUAGAGCGAUUCAAGAGUCAUUGGCAAAAGCUUUAGAACUAAUCAGUUCCAGGGAACUGCACAUGUCUCUUGAAGAGAGUCAAAAAUGGUCAGCAAUUCUACUUUCUUGGAUAUUUGGGAACGUCUCAUCGGACACAAUCCGUUCAUCAGCUAUAAAUAUUCUUUCGCGCAUUCUUGAAGAUUAUGGGCCGUCAUCUGUCCCAAUUUCUCAAGGAUGGCUGACUAUAUUGCUAACAGAUGCUCUUAGCUGUAGGAAAGCAACAUUGACAAAAGUAAGUGCUCAGCUCACAAGUGAUAAAGUAAAGACACAAAUUGAUCUGUCAAAUGUUGUUUCUGCUACCCAGACUGCGAAUCAGUUGGCAACUGCUGUUGUUAAUUUAGCAGGAGCGCAACUAGGGACGGCCAUUGAUAAUGCUGAUGCAUUUCCACUGGCCGACUUGCUUUCUCUUGAACCCUUUGCGGGAUUAUUCAAAAAUCUAAAGAAGGAUAAAACACUGAAAAUUACAGCAGCAGAUUCUGCAAAUGCCACUCUAAAAGGCAUAAAAGCACUAACAGAAAUUUGUGCUGAUGAUCUUUCGUGUCUAGUCAAGAUAGCAGACUUUGGAGUGCUAUGUUUACUCAGACGACUUUUGUUGGAAGAUGAUUAUGAACAACUAGCUGCAAUUGAAGCAUAUGAUGCAUCGAGGGCUAUGGAGGCUCAAGAGAAAGUAUCAUCAACUUCUGGUGAUUCUUCGGCAGAUGCUACUCACGAUCCUUCAAAUUUACGGGUACCGGCUACUGCUCACGUCCGGAGGCAUGCCGCACGUCUGCUCACUGUUCUUUCUGUUCUUCCAAAAGUCCAGAAAGCCAUUGUUGCGGACAAAUCUUGGUGUAAAUGGCUUGAGGAAUGUGCGAAAGGGCAAAUUCCUGGUUGCAAUGAUCUUAAAAUUCAGAGUUAUGCAAGGGCAACAUUAUUGAAUGCAUUUUGCAGUGACCUUGCCGAUUGGAAGUCUGAAAGUGAUGGUGCAGCUGACAGCAGCUCCUUGAACAAGAAACAGCACUGCCCACAUUUUUCUGACAUGAUUUUUUUGAUUAAUCCUGGGUUGUCUCAUUGGAAGUGCACAGAACAGAGAACGUCAAACUCUAGUGAUAACUCUACUGGUAAUGAUGAUUCUGCUGAGGUGGCAAAUGGGAAUUUGUCAAGAACCACGGAGGAUCGUAAUAAUCCUCCUGCUUCUACCUCUGAAUCUGAAAGUGUCUCGAAGUUGGAGUUUCCUCCAUUGGAUGUUGUUUUUGUCCAUGGCUUGCGUGGGGGUCCCUUCAAAACUUGGCGGUUGUCUGAGGACAAGUCGUCAACAAAAUCCGGCCUCGUUGAGAAGAUUGAUGAAGAGGCUGGAAAGCAAGGGACAUUUUGGCCAGGAGAAUGGCUAGCAGCCGACUUUUCUCAUGCUCGCUUGUUUAGUCUCAAAUACAAGACAAAUCUUACACAGUGGUCUGGGGCCAGCCUACCUCUUCAGGAAGUGAGUUCCAUGCUGUUAGAUAAACUUGUUGCUGCAGGAAUUGGGGAUAGACCGGUUGUAUUUGUAACACAUAGCAUGGGAGGCCUGGUUGUCAAGCAGAUGUUAUACCAAGCCAGGACAGAAAACAAAGAUAAUUUUGUCGAGAAUACUGUUGGAAUUGUUUUCUAUAGCUGUCCUCAUUUUGGCAGCAAGCUCGCGGAUAUGCCUUGGCGCAUGGGUCUUGUAUUGCGUCCUGCGCCAACUAUAGGAGAAUUGAGAAGUGGAUCACCUAGGCUAGUGGAGCUGAACGAUUUUGUUCGUCAACUUCAUAAGAAAAAGUCGAUUGAUGUCCUUAGUUUCUGUGAGACAAAAGUAACGCCAAUAGUAGAAGGUUAUGGAGGCUGGGCUUUUCGUAUGGAGAUUGUACCCAUGGAAUCAGCAUAUCCUGGAUUUGGUGAACUCGUAGUAUUGGAUUCAACGGACCAUAAGAAGGAGAAGGAUACCUGCCAUCAUCGCCGCACCAUCCCGUCAGCACCUCCGGCGAUCCACGCUCACCAGCAGGCCGUCACAUCACGCCAUCACCGAGAAUCGCUCCGCUGCUGCUCCCUCUAUCGCGAGACACCAACAGAUCGACCACCUGCCCGCGACCAAGGCCCAGCGGUCUCUACCCCUCCUGUCGUGAAUUUUUGCCACAGUUCAUUUCCCCGCGAGCUUCCAGCCACCUUCACAACCCAAGUACCUGGUCCUCUCCUCAGGCCAGAGUCAGGCCCCUCAUCACCGUCCUCAUUCGCUGCUUGCUGCCGUGACCAGACCCGUAAGUAG